GCUGAGGCGGCUUUGGGGUGCGCGAGCCUCUCCUUGAGGGAGGGGAGGGGGUAGUGGCUUGGCGUGAGUUAUGAUUGGCAGCCCCGCGAGGCGGAAGAAGGGGAAGCGAGGCGGCUGUCCAGGGUGGCUGAGGCGAGCGACACGGACGGAGGGGCCAGCGCAAGAAAUGCAGCUGACAGACACAGACCUUCCUACUCUGAACAGUUGAGGACUGUCCUAUAAUGAUUUUCUUAUCUUGCUAUGAAAGAAGAGUACUACAACAGCACCUUGCAAUUUAUUAAUUGACAAGUUAUGACAAGAUUGAUUAGGACACUUGGGAAAAAGACCAUCCUCAUAUUCCAGUAGUUGUGCUGCAAGCAACAUAGGUGCUGUUUUUUAAAACUCAGAAUGCAACUUGAUGGAAGAAAAUGUUUUAUUAAACAUGUGUGAAGGUCGUUCGUUUCAUGUUCGUUACAGAAUGGAAGCUUCUUGCCUGGAGCUUGCUUUGGAAGGAGAACGAUUGUGUAAAGCAGGAGAUUGUCGAGCUGGUGUCUCUUUCUUUGAAGCUGCCGUUCAGGUUGGAACAGAAGACUUAAAAACGCUCAGUGCAAUUUAUAGCCAACUGGGCAAUGCAUAUUUCUACUUGCACGAAUAUGCAAAAGCUUUGGAAUAUCAUCACCAUGAUUUAACUCUUGCAAGAACUAUUGGGGACCAACUGGGAGAAGCUAAAGCAAGUGGGAAUUUAGGCAAUACCUUAAAAAUCCUUGGAAAUUAUGAAGAAGCAAUUGUCUGCUGUCAGAGACAUCUUGACAUUUCCAGAGACCUAAGUGACAAGGUUGGAGAAGCAAGAGCACUUUAUAACCUUGGGAAUGUGUAUCACUCCAAGGGUAAGAGUGUGGCCUGUGCAGGUACGCAUGAUCCAGGAGAGUUCCCUGAAGAUGUUAAAGAGGCAUUGCAGAAAGCUGCUGAGUAUUAUGAGGAGAACCUGAACAUAGUGACAGAACUGGGAGAUAGAGCUGCACAGGGGCGUGCAUAUGGAAACCUGGGCAAUACCCAUUAUCUUCUGGGGAACUUCAGGAGUGCUGUCAUUGCUCAUGAACAGCGUCUUUUAAUUGCAAAAGAAUUUGGAGAUAGAGCUGCAGAAAGAAGAGCCUACAGUAAUCUUGGAAAUGCUUAUAUUUUCCUUGGAGAGUUUGAAACAGCAGCUGAAUACUACAAGAGGACCCUGCAGCUUGCCAGGCAGCUCUCAGACAGGGCCGUAGAAGCACAAGCUUGCUAUAGCCUUGGAAAUACAUAUACUUUACUCCAGGACUAUGAAAAGGCUAUUGAUUAUCAUCUAAAGCACUUGGCAAUUGCUGAAGAACUGAACGACAGAAUUGGUGAAGGAAGGGCCUGCUGGAGUUUAGGAAAUGCAUACACAGCACUUGGGAACCACGAUCAAGCUAUGCAUUAUGCAGAAAAACACUUAGACAUUUCAAGGGAGGUGGGGGAUAAAACUGGAGAACUAACAGCUAAGCUUAACCUCUCAGAUCUCCAGAUGGUGCUUGGUCUAAGCUUCAGCACAAACAAUUCAGUGAUGACAGAAAAUAAUUUCCCAGAUAGUAGCUUCUGUGGCACUAGACCACGGAUUGGACGUCGCCAUAGUAUGGAAAACAUGGAGCUUAUGAAGUUGACACCCGAGAAGGUUCAGGACUGGAACAGUGAAAUAUUGGCCAAACAGAAACAACUAGUUUCCAAACCUUCCGCAAAACUACAUUUUGUAAAUCGAUUAAAAGGCAAAAAAUACAAAAACAUCACUUCAAAAGUUCUUCAGGAUGCUAGUAAUUCUAUUGAUCAUCGACUAAGUUCACAAAAGAAAAGCUGCUCUGAUGCGCCUGGAGAUGAAGGGUUUUUUGAUUUGCUAAGCCGAUUUCAGAGCAACCGAAUGGAUGAUCAGCGGUAUUGUUUCCAAGACAAGAACAGGCUGACGGCAACAGUGCCCUCCACGCCAUCCAGGACAUUAAAAAAAUCCUUUUCUACUCCUAUGGUCUCACCGCAUACAGAUGAGUUUCUGGAUCUGCUUGUGAGCUCUCAAAGUAGGCGGCUAGACGACCAGCGGGCCAGUGCUAGCAACCUGCCAGGGCUUCGUCUGAAUCAACACAACAGCCAGUCUGUCCUUGGCCACUUGAUGGCCAGCAGCAACAGUGAGCCAGAUGAGGACUUCUUUGACAUCCUAGUAAAAUGCCAGGGUUCUAGACUAGAUGAUCAGAGGUGUCCACCACCACCAAACAUCACAAAGGGACCAACUGUACCUGAUGAAGAUUUCUUUAGCCUUAUUUUGAGGUCACAGGGGAAAAGAAUGGAUGAACAGAGAGUGUUUCUACCCUCUGGUUUGAAGAGGCCAAAUUCUAACGAAUGAACUUGGGAAUCUUUUUAGAAUAAAACAUCAAGGGAUUAUGCAGUACUGUAAUAAUUUUUCAUAUGCGGUAAUAAAUGCCUUUAAAGGAGAAAAAAAGAAUAUUCAGAAUACUAUGUAAAUUUACAUAGUUUAUGGUACAGUCAUUACUGCCAGUGCUUGAAACCAGGUGUUUAAUGUUUGUAAAGAGUUGACUGUAUAGUGUAUUGUCCUGUAUUUCACUUUCCAUUCACCUCCUCUUUCUGUAAAUAUAUUACGUACUUUGUUUCUUUAUGGUGGUAGCGCUUCAGGUACUUUGAUCAUCAGUUUAUGAAAGCUUUCCUGUUGAACUUGUGUAAUUAACAAGUAAAACUGUAGAAUUGGCCUUGAGGUUUUUCAAUCUUUUGCAUAGUAUGAAAUGUUUUAAAAUGAACAGUAUUGCUUUUUUUUAAAAAAAUUGAAAAAUAAAUAUUCAUACUUAUUAA